GGCUGCACGCCACCUAUUCUUGGAGCAGUGCUGUAUUGCCUUACCGGUGUAUGUCGAACUUGCAUCCAGCUGCUCAACGUAUGGGUCCAACGGAGCCUUUUCUGCCGUGCAUAUGCUACUUCGACUGCAACUGAAGAUAUGCCUUGACUUGCCAAAUCGAGUAGUUUCACUUGCUUUGGUCCCGCAUUGCCGGUAGAAGCGAUGGACCUGAACAGCACUUACGAUAUUCGCAUCACGAUGUUGACCACGUUCAAUGAUGCACUGCAGCUCGGUUAUGAGGCUGCGCUUCGCCUGGAGGAUAUCGAAGAUGGGCAAUACGAGGAAUGCACCCGUUCUCCACAACGCACGAGUUCGUGCUGCAGCUCCGAGAGAUCAUACAGCUGAGCACGGGAGUAGAAUCCUCCAUGAUUCUUCCGGUAAGGAAAGCGAUUCAGAGGAACGAAGUAUAGAGAUGAGUGGAAUGGCCUCUUCAUUGCUUUCUCAUCAGCAGCAGCAUCUCGCCUUCAGAUCAAAGCUCCAGAUCGUUCACAGCCACAUCUCGUUCAUUCGCUUUACAAGCAAUCCAUUUCAAUCGCUCAACAAUCAACAUGCAGUUCUCCCUCACCACCAUCGCCUUUUUCGCCCUCAGUGGCAUGGUGAACGCUUACCCAAGCCCAGCUGAGACAACUCCUGCUGGUUACGAGCCAGUCCCACCAAGCUACCCGGAGUACCCUGAGACCACCACAAAGAAAGAGGAGCCCACCACGACCAAGAAGGAGGAGACCACAACUAAGAAAGAGGAGACCUCCAAAACGCCUGAGACCACAACCAAGAAGGAGGAGACGACGAAGAAGCCUGAGACCACUACCAAGAAGGAGGAGACAACGAAGAAGCCUGAGACUACAUCGAAGCCAGAGACAACCAAGAAAGAAGAGUCCACGACCAAGAAGGAGGAGACUACCAAGAAACCGGAGACUACCACUAAAAAGCAAGAGACUACAACCAAGAAAGAGGAGACUUGCACCAACUCCGUCGGCACCUCCUACAGCACUGGCUACACCACUUCCACUUCCAUCAAGACGAUAAAGGUGCCAGUUACGCAAACCAAAACCGUUACAUCCACCGCUGUCAAGACCAUCAAAACCACAAUCGUCAAGCCGACCACUUCGUACCAAGAGGAAAAGACGACCACCAAGAAACCCGUCGUAUCCACCGGCGUCAAGGAGAGCGUGAUCACCAUCACCACCAAGAUGCCAUUCACCACUACUACAUUCGAGGACAAAGUCGAAACUAUUACCAAGACGAUUACUGGCGCAGAGACCAAGACUUCCGAUGUUGUGACCACCAAGACUGAGGUCGAGACCAAACCUGUUGUCACCUCGACGACCUCUUUGUCGACUUCUUUGUCGACCAAAACAGUCACCAGCAAAGUUCCGUACACCACGUGCGUGUACGCCCCAAAGCCUUACUUCAUGUAAACGUCUUCGACUCAAGACUUGGACUGUGACAUUGAGCCGCAACGAACGAAGCGAUGUCCCCGCUGAGGAUGGUCAAAUCAUUGAGAGGUUGCGGGGGAAGGCAGGGGUAGCUGAACUGCGCAUAGAAAACAUUUUUACGAAUGAUGAAAGCUCUGGUCA